AUGUUUUUGCUUAUCCUUCUGAAGACAUUUCUAAUUGGAUUUGGGAUUGUCGCUGUGUCGGUUGGGUUCAUUUCCUUUUUGUACAAAUCUAUACAGUUUAUAGAAGAGUAUCCUUCACGAGCAAAAGAGAGAAUACGCCUCCUUAUCUACUCCAUAUGGGCUUUUCACAUAAUUUUGCUAUUUCGGGGGUUCUCCCUCCUUAUAAUAGGAUUCUCCUGCGUGUGCCUGCUGCUCUUCUACAACCUCCUGGAGGAUUACCCGAACAUAGAAACAGCAGGUGCUGGGUUUAUCACUGCUGUAGCCCUCGCCUUCAUCAACCACAUGCUCUUCCUUAGCUCCAUGCUCAAGAAUAGAUGCGGACUAUUCGAGAUAUUUUUCUACUUCUUCGUGAUUGUUUGGGCUGUUCCCUUCGCAUUCUUCCUGAGCUUAACCGCAAACGACGAGAUAAUAACGAUUUCAGGCACGAAGAAGCCCAUCCGCAGAACCCUUGCAGGGAAAGUGAUAGAUACGCUUCUCUCCAGACACAACAUAUGGGAGGACAGAUAG